AUGGUAGAUGAAGGCAACGCUACCAUGUCAGAGGCACAGCGAGUGCUAUCUAUUGCUACUACCAUAGCACCUUUGAACAUAAGAGCGUCAAAUCUGGCGGCGGAAUGGAAGGCUUGGAGUACGCAGUUCAAAAUAUUUCUGCGUGCAUCUGCUUUAGAUAAUCAAACCGAGCAAAGAAAAGUUGCACUUCUCUUGCACCAUCUGGGUGCAGAAUGUCUAAACAUUUUCACUUCGUUUAAUGUCGAUAUAGACAGCGUCCAAUAUGACGACUUAUGGAGCAAAAUGGAAAUGUAUUUCACUCCAAAAGUCAAUAUAGUAAUAGAGCGCCACAGGUUUUUUACAAAACGUCAAUCCUCGGAAGAGACAAUAAGUCAGUACGCUGCCGCAUUGCAAAAUCUUAGCAAAACUUGUGAAUUCGGGGAUAUACGUGAAGAUCUGGUAAGGGACAUUUUUAUAUGCGGUUUAUCACAAAAAUACAAUAAAAUAAAGGAGAGGCUCUUAAGCGAAGGCAACAUAAAAUUGCAUAAAGCGAUUGAAAUAGCUAAUAGCAUGGAACUAGCAAAAGAAAAUGCAGCCAUGAUACAACGUGAGCCAACCGAAAGCAUACAGGUAGCAGCUUUGAGAAAAUCUGCAUUGAACUACAAGGAGAAGUGUGCUAGACAGGCUCAGCAGCAAACAUCAAGAACGUGUGAUAAAUGUGGGCAAGUACAUAAAACCAAAUGUCCGGCAGAAGGUAAAAAAUGCUACACGUGCGGAAAAUUGAACCAUUUUGCAAAUGUCUGCUUCACAAAAUGGCGUAAAGGAAACAUGGGGAAUAACGGGCAAAAGAGAUAUGUGAGAAACGUAUACGAAGAGAGCGAGACAAGUGCAGAAGAGGAAGAAAAUGAAGAUCACGAGUCGCAAUUUUUCGUGGGCGGAAUACAUGUUGAAACUGUCAGGAACAAAAACUUAACAACAAAAACGAAUGUGAUAGGAGUGAGUAAAAUUGUUAGCAGUGGCAGAACUGGUGCGGUGAAAGACUGGAACAUUGAGGUGGAGAUACACAACGCGAAGCUGAAGUGUCAAAUAGACACGGGGGCCCAGGCGAACUUACUAUCGAUCGAAAACUUUAAUAAAUUAAAUAUCGGUAAGCUAGAAAGUAAGAUAUGUCAUAAUAUUUUAACAUUCAGCGGGGAAAGAUUGCCUCUACUAGGAAAAGUCAAUGUAAAAUUGUUGUAUAAAAAAGUAAGUUAUUCUGCUGAAUUUUAUGUCCUUAAUAUGAAAUGUAAAAAUGUGAUCGGUCUUGAAUUGGCUAUUAAAAUGAAUUUGGUAAAAAUGGUGACUACAAUAAGCUGUGAAUCAAAAGGCUGCGAGAGCCUGUUACAAAAAUAUGAAGAAGUUUUUAAAGGAUUAGGGCAGUUGGAAAGUGAGUGUCAUUUGAAAUUAAAGGAAAACUAUCAACCAGUAGUAGAUGCACCACGCAGAGUUCCAUUUGGACUUUUUGAGCCACUAAAAAGGGAACUGUCCAGUAUGAUGAAGUUAAAGGUUAUAGAGCCAGUUAGUGAACCGACCGAAUGGGUCAACUCAAUAGUUUUAGUGGCUAAGCCCAACGGAGAUUUACGUGUGUGUUUGGACCCUAAAAAUUUAAACAAGGCUAUAGUCAGACCAAGAUUUUCCUUUCCGAACAUCGAUGAAUGUAAGUCGCAAAUGGCAGGUUCUAAAAUAUUCAGCACAUUAGAUGCUAACUCAGGUUUCUGGAUGAUACCAUUAGAUAUAGAAUCAUCAAAGUUAUGUACAUUUAACACGCCUUUUGGGCGUUACCGAUUUCUGAGAUUACCGUUUGGUAUCAAUGCAGCGCCGGAAAUUUUUCAUUCAGAAAUGAUUAGACUAUUCGGCCACAUUAAGGGUCUAAUAAUAUAUAUGGAUGAUUUUUUGAUCCAUGCUCCGAACGUUCAAAAACAUAAUGCCAUUUUAGAGUCAGUUUUGGAAAGGGCACAAAGUGUUGGGCUAAGGUUCAAUAAAUCAAAAUCGAAAUUUUUAAAGAAGGAAGUCAAAUUCGUUGGACACAUAUUUAGUGAAAAAGGCGUUAAGCCAGAUGAAGAGAAAAUUAAAUCUAUAGUUGAGAUGCCGGUACCAAAAAAUGUAAAAGAAUUACAGCGCUUUUUGGGAAUGAUUAACUACUUGGGUUGUUUUAUUGAUAGUCUGUCAGCAAAAACGAAAUAUUUACGAGACCUUUUAAAGAAUGAUGUAGUAUGGCAUUGGGACAAUAAACAAGAGGAAGAAUUUCAAAAUUUACUUAAAGAAAUUACAAAUGUACCGGUUUUGACCUACUUUAAUCCUAAAAAACAAUUAGUCAUGUCAGUCGAUGCAUCCAAAUAUGCUGUUGGAGCAGUCAUUAUGCAUGACAGGAACCCUGUUGCCUAUGCAUCUGCUUCACUAACUGAAACACAAACAAAUUAUGCCCAGAUCGAAAAAGAGCUCUUUGCUAUCCUAUACGGAUGUACACGCUUCCAUCAGUAUGUUUAUGGACGUCAUGUCCUUGUAGAAACGGACCAUAAGCCGUUGGUUACACUUGUCAACAAACCUUUGUAUAAGAUUCCCGCGCGACUGCAAAGAUUCAUGCUCAGAUUAUUAGCGUACAACAUUACUGUCGUUUACAAGCCCGGAAAGGACUUGUUUAUUGCCGACACGUUAUCCAGAGCGCCACUUAAAGAUUAUGCACUGACGGAAGUGGACAAAGAUAUUGAUAUUCACUGUAAUUUAAUUAUUUCGCAAAUUGCUUUGCCAAGUAGUCACUUAGAUGAGUUUAGAGAGGCAGCAAAAACAGAUAAAAUUUUUCAAAAACUCUUGUAUUUUACGAAGAAUGGAUGGCCCGCAAAUAAAAAGCGAAUUGAUAAAGAAUUGAUGCCUUAUUAUCAAGUUAAAGAUGAGCUUGUUGAGAUAGAUGGGCUAUUGCUAAAAAAUAACAGAGUUGUUGUACCAAAAAAUCUUAGACCGAAAAUUUUGUAUUACUUACAUGAGGGACAUAUGGGUAUACAGAGAUGCCAGAAUUUGGCUAGAAACUCUGUGUACUGGCCUAAUAUCAAUAAUGACCUCCACAAUGUAGUCUCCAGUUGCGAAAUUUGUCUAAAAUUUCGUAAAUCUAAUCCUAAACAAAAGUUGUUGUGCCAUGAAAUGGUCAACAUUCCUUGGUACAAGCUGGGUGCUGACUUGUUCGAAUUUGAUAAAAAGACUUACUUGUUAGUUGUUGACUACUACUCAAAGUUCAUUGAAUGUGAAAUUUUAAGUACGGGGUAUUCCAGCACCCAGGUUAUAAUGAAACUCAAGUCAAUUUUUGCCAGACAGGGAAUACCGGCUGUGUUCAUAACGGAUAAUGGCCCGCCUUUCAGUUCAAAAGACUUUGCACAGUUUUGCGCAGAUUGGUGUAUUGAACACAUUACUUCCAGUCCUUAUAUGCCAAGAUCAAAUGGUUUAGCAGAAAGAUCUGUUCAGACAAUCAAAACAAUGUUGUACAAAUGCAAAGAAAAAGGAACAGACCCAUAUACUGCGCUUCUGCAUUAUAGAACAACACCCAAAGACGAUCUUCCAAGUCCAUCCGAGUUACUGAUGUCGAGAAAGCUGAGAACCAAAUUGCCAUCACAACAAGAAAAUUUAAAAUCAAAAUUAGUUGAUGUUAAUGAGUAUAGACGACAAAUAAACAAACAAAAGAUUAAAAUGUCACAAAAUUAUAAUACGUCCGCAAAAAAUUUGAAACCAGUAAAUCCGGGAGAGAAAAUUUAUUUUAAGAAAACACCAACAUCAGUUUGGUGCCCGGGUACAAUAAUAAAAGAUUUAAAGGAGCCAAGGUCAUUCAUGGUUCAAGACCCUGAGGGUGUGGUCUACAGAAGAAACCGAGAGCACAUAUUAAAGCCGGUACUGAAACGGAGUAUUGGGGACGCUUACGCUAAUGGGGGAGAUAAAGAAACCACCGCUUUUGAUUCACAGCCUCUUGAAGGCACCACGAUAGAAUUAACUGAUAAUGCUUCCGCUGUUAGAACGAGGAGUGGAAGAAAGAUUGUACCCCCAACCCGAUUAAAUAUUUAA